CACAAAACACAUCGCAACAGCGUCAACACAGGCACCAAUACAUCGAAAUAUCACAUCGAAACGCAUCAAACCCCAUUGAUACUGUUGAGAUAUCCAGAAGUGCUUACAUCGUCUAUCAAGAGAUACAGACAAGACACUCCAGUUCUGUUUGCUUAAACUUGUGUCCAUACAUUUCGACCCAUUGCCGCCGUUGAGAUCGAAUUCACUGGUCCAUAUCCCAUAACCACUGAGUAUCCCAUCUGUCAUGGAAAAAAUCCUCGACUUUACCACCGACCUCGACGUCGCGCUCCUCGACCAGGUCGUCACCACCUUCUACUCCGGUUCCGGCGAACCACAGCGCGCCGCGGGCAAGAUCCUCAGCCAGUUCCAGGAGCACCCCGACAGCUGGAACCGCGCAGCGGAAAUCCUUCAGUUCCUGAGCAACUCGCAGGCCAAGUUCCUUGCACUCCAGAUCCUCGACAAGCUCAUCCAGUCGCGCUGGAAGGUGUUGCCGCGCGAGCAGGCCGCGGGGAUCCGCAACUUCAUCGUCAACAUGAUCAUUGCGCUCUGCCAGGAUGACGCACAAUUCGCGGCGCAGCGUCCACUCAUCGCGAAGUGCGACCUCACGUUGGUCCAGAUCCUCAAGCAGGACUGGCCACAGAACUGGCCGCAAUUCAUCCCCGAAAUCGUUGAAAGCUCCCGCUCUGGCUUCAACGUCUGCGAAAACAACAUGCACAUCCUCAAGUUGCUCUCUGAAGAAGUCUUUGACUACGGCGCGGACCAGUUGACUCAGGCGCGCGCGAAUGCAUUAAAGACCAAGAUGGAGGAGGAGUUCCAGGCAAUCUUCGCCUUGUGCUACGAAGUGUUGGACAAGGCGACGAAGCCCGCACUUGUUGUCGCAACUUUGAAGUGCUUAUUGAGGUACUUGCACUGGAUCCCGCUCCAGUACAUUGUCGAAACAGACCUCCUCGCGUUGUUAGCCGGGAAGUUCCUCGGCCCGGGCGAGACGCGCACAGCCGCGCUCAAAUGCCUCACGGAGGCCGCGGGACUCUCGGCUUCCUCGUCGCAGCACACCGCGCCGUUCCGCGCCAUGUUUCAAAAGGCUAUGGAGCAGAUCGUGGCAAUCAUCCCGCCGACCGCCGACCUAAAGAAGAGCUAUCGCACCGCGAAUGCCAACGACCAGGCCUUCCUCCAGGACUUGGCGAUGUUUUUGUGCACGUUCCUUGGGAACCAUCUCGCGAGCUUGGAGGAGGGGAUUCCCCUCGCCCCGGCGAGUGGUCUCGCCGCUGCCCCUGGUGCCGCCACCUCCACCACCUCCUCCUCCGGCUUAUCCCCCGCCGCGGCAGAGGCGAAGGAGCUUCUCCUCCUUUCCCACACCUACCUUCUCUCCCUCUCCCGCAUCGAAGAGCGCGAACUCUUCAAAACCACCCUCGACUACUGGGCCAAGCUUGUUUCCGGCCUCUACGCGGAAAUCCAGCAACUCCCCCAGACGGAGUUAUCCCCACUCCUCCAGCUCCAGGCCGCGGCAGCAACCAGCGGCGCGCCAAACCCCGACGUUCUUGCCAAAUUUCCCCUCCGCAAGCACAUGUACGCCUCCAUCUGCUCGCAGUUGCGUCUUGUAGUGAUUGAGUCGAUGGUCAGGCCGGAGGAGGUGCUCAUUGUGGAGAAUGACGAGGGUGAAAUUGUCCGCGAAUUCGUCAAGGAGAGUGACACCAUCACGUUGUACAAGUCGAUGAGGGAGGUGCUUGUCUAUCUCACCCACUUGGACGUGCUUGACACGGAAAAUAUCAUGAGCGAAAAGCUCGCGAGACAGAUCGAUGGCACCGAAUGGUCGUGGCACAACAUCAACACCCUCUGCUGGGCGAUCGGGUCGGUCUCCGGGACCAUGAACGAGGACAUGGAAAAGCGCUUCCUUGUGGGGGUUAUCAAGCACUUGCUCAACCUCACGGAGAUGAAACGAGGGAAAGACAACAAGGCGGUUGUUGCGUCCAACAUCAUGUACAUUGUCGGGCAGUAUCCCCGCUUCCUCAAGGCGCAUUGGAAGUUCCUCAAGACGGUGGUCAACAAGUUGUUUGAGUUCAUGCACGAGACCCAUGAGGGAGUCCAGGACAUGGCGUGCGACACGUUUAUCAAGAUUGUAACCAAGUGCAAGCGCCACUUUGUGGGAGUCCAGCCGAACGAGCCGGAACCGUUUGUGGAUGAGAUUAUCCGCAACAUCCAGCAGAUUACCGAAGACUUGCAGCCACAGCAGGUUCACACAUUCUAUGAGGCAUGUGGAACCAUUGUGGGUGCGCAGGCCGCGCGUGCCGCGCGCGACACGCUCCUCGCGCAGCUCAUGGCGCUCCCUAACAUGGCGUGGGCCGCGAUUGUCCAGCAGUCGGCCAGCCGCCCCGAGUUGCUCACUGACACCGAGACCGUCAAGAUUAUCGCCAACAUCAUCAAGACCAACGUCUCGGUUUGCUCCGCGAUGGGGUCGUUCUUCUACCCCCAGUUGGGCAACAUCUACCUCGAGAUGUUGUCGUUGUACCGUGCCGUGUCGGGCAUGAUUUCUGAUGCCGUUGCCAAGGACGGCCAGGUUGCGACGAAACACGUCAAGGUGCGGGGUUUGAGAACAAUCAAGAAGGAGAUCUUGCACUUGAUUGAAGUGUAUGUUGGCGAUGCCACCAAUAAGGAUGAGAUUGUGAGCACGUUGGUCCAGCCGUUGUUUGAGGCGGUUUUAUUGGACUACAAGACGAAUGUUGCGGAUGCGCGCGACGCGGAGGUGUUGAUCUGUCUCACGACUGUGGUCAGCAAGGUUGGCCACAUGAUCCCAGACGGGAUUGUGGCUAUCAUGGAUAAUGUCUUUGCGUGCACGUUGGAGAUGAUUACGAAGGAUUUUACGGAGUACCCCGAGCACAGAGCCGAGUUUUACCGCUUGUUGCGUGAGAUAAACCACACGUGUUUCGCUGCCGAGCGGAAGUUACCGGGCGACACGUUCCAGCAGCUCAUCAAUGCGGCGUUGUGGGCCGCUAAGCACGAGAACAGCGACGUUGAAAACAACGGGCUCGCCUUCUUGGACGACAUGUUGGCCAAUGUGGCGAACUGCGGGGAUGAGAACUUUGCCAACGCGUUCUACUCGUCGUUCUACCUUCCGAUUCUUUCUGACACCUUCUUCGUGAUUACCGAUAGCGGCCACCAAGCAGCGUUCAAGCUCCAGGCACAGCUCUUGUCACACUUGAUUGCGCUUGUGGAGAGAAACGCGAUCAAGGUGCCGUUGUACCAGGCCUCUGACGCCCCGCAAGGCACGUCGAAUGCGGAGUAUAUCAAGAACUUCCUUGGGACGACGCUUUUAUCGAACUUUACGCAGUUGAACGCGCAGCAGGUUGGCGGUUUUUUGACCGCAUUGAUUGGGACGUAUGCGGAUACAAACAAGUUUAAGGGGGUCUUGAGAGACUUUUUGGUGCAGAUCAAGCAGGUUGGGGGAGACCCAACGGACUAUUUGUUUGCCGAGGACAAGGAGAAUGAGCUUUUGGCGAAGCAAAAGGUGGAGAGGGAGCGGGCAAUGAGAGUGGGUGGGAUGUUGAAGCCAUCGGAGAUGGCAGACUAGAGGGUUUAAAGUGAGGAAAGCAAGCUACCCCAUCCAAUUCGAACCAACCGGACGGUGCAAAGCGGAGAGAGUGAAAUCCCCGGACCGAUCCUUUU